CACUCAUCACCGACACUCAACUCUAACCUAACCAUACCAUGUGAAACUCCAACAAAAACAAAAACAUGGUCCACCAAUUGUUUUUAUAUUCCCCCAAUUGUUCCAUCUCAUCCAACGACCACAAAUCUCCAUAUCCUCAAAUCUCAAUUCUGACCGUUCGAUCAUCGGUAACAAACCACUCAUCACUAUCACCACCCCCAUCCAAUUAAUAACACCACCACCUUCACUUCUUCACCAAUCUGAACUCCUUUUCAGUUUCAGUUCAGAUCUGACCAAACCAAAAUAAACCAAAUCAAUCCACAUGUUAUUGUUAUCACACUUAUAACAAAAACAUCAUCAUCAUCAUCAUCAUCAACAAGAACAACAACAUCCUCAUAUUUUUCAAUUUUCUUGUUACAGUGGCAAUGGUGGAGGCACAAACAUGGAAGACAAGAAGAAUGAGCAAUCCGAGAUUACUAUCACUCGACACAAACGACCAACUUCUAGACAUUCCAGCAACACCACCAAGUGAUCAAAGAAACAACAACAUCAUCGGAUCCAACAGUUUUCUAACAACGUCAUUCAUAAUUGCGUCAUGGUACUUUUCAAACAUCGGUGUUCUUCUUCUCAACAAGUAUCUCCUCAGCUUCUACGGUUACCGUUUCCCUAUUUUUCUCACAAUGCUCCACAUGCUAUCCUGCGCCGCUUAUUCUUACGCCUCCAUUAAUCUUCUUCAAAUCGUUCCGUUUCAGCAAAUCCAUUCCAAGAAACAGUUCCUCAAGAUCCUCGCGCUCAGCGCUAUUUUCUGCUUCUCAGUUGUUUGUGGAAAUACCUCACUGAGAUAUCUUCCUAUCUCGUUCAAUCAAGCAAUCGGUGCAACGACGCCGUUUUUCACUGCGAUUUUUGCUUUUUUGAUUACCUGCAAAAAAGAAACCGCUGAGGUUUAUCUCGCCUUGUUACCGGUUGUUUUAGGGAUUGUUAUUUCCACGAAUAGCGAACCGAUGUUUCAUUUGUUUGGGUUUUUGAUCUGUGUCGGUUCAACUGCUGGACGUGCUUUGAAGAGUGUUGUUCAAGGGAUUAUAUUGACUUCUGAUUCAGAGAAGCUUCAUUCUAUGAACUUGCUUCUUUAUAUGGCUCCUCUGGCUGCGAUGAUUCUGUUACCGUUUAGUUUAUAUAUUGAAGGCAAUGUGUUUGUGAUAACGCUUGAGAAAGCCAGAAGUGAUCCUUUUAUUGUGUUUUUGUUGGUUGGGAAUGCUACUGUUGCUUAUUUGGUUAAUUUGACUAAUUUUCUUGUUACUAAACAUACUAGUGCUUUGACGCUGCAAGUUUUGGGGAAUGCUAAAGCUGCUGUGGCUGCUGUUGUUUCUGUUUUGAUAUUCAGAAAUCCUGUUACUGUGAUGGGGAUGGCUGGGUUUGGGAUUACAGUAAUGGGUGUUGUGUUUUACAGUGAAGCAAAGAAGAGAUCCAAAGGUGCAUCUCAUUGAUGUGGUGGUGAUGGAUUCACAUUUUUUUUGGAUUUUCACGAACGGGUACUUCUUAUUUGCUUUACUUUAUUGUUAAUUGUUGGCAAAUUUUUAAUGUUGAUGAAAUUGUAUUUCUGUGGAAUUGGAUCUGAUCAAGUUAUCACAGCAAAAAUUGGAAUGUAUAGAAAGAAGCAGAUAAAGGGAAAGGGUUACUUAGUUAUGUUUGUUUUGCUAUUGCUGCUGUGUAACUUUAUAAAAAUAUUCGUUGCUCUUCGGCAACACACAUAAAUGAUUCAUAGGGGGAAAGGAAAAGGCUACAUUUGUGUAUUUGGUGAGGGAGGAAAAUUCUCCUUCACUUUCAUUUUACUAAUUACAUCGUCCAUUAUUUCA